AUGGGCAGAAGUUGUAAUCUUCUCUUUGCUCUUGCAGUUUUCAUUCUACUCCAUCACCACAUUUCACUUGCUAUUGUUCCAAAUAUUAGCACCAAUGAAGCUGCUCUUCUUGCACUGAAAUCACACAUUUCUUCUCAUCGUAACAACAUCUUAGCCAGAAACUGUAACAACUCUUUCUAUGGAGAAUUGCCAGUAAAGUUGGCUCAUUUGCAGAGGCUGAAAUUGAUUAGUGUCACAAGCAAUAACUUCACUGGUAACAUUCCGUCAUUUUUAAGUUUGUUACCAAACCUACGCUUUGUGUACCUCUCGAGCAACCAAUUUUCGGGGGAAAUUCCAUCUUCCCUUUCCAAUCUGACAAAACUGAAAGAGUUGAGAAUACAGAACAACUUCCUCAAAGGAGAGAUCCCUCGGGGAAUCAGUGAUCUUCAUUAUCUUACUAUCCUAGACCUGCAACUUAAUGAACUUACUGGCUCUAUACCAACAUCAAUAUUCAACAUUACAAUGAUGCAAAACAUUGCUCUUACCGAAAACAAUCUUACUGGACAGCUUCCAAUAACUAUAUGUAACCAUCUUCCAAACUUGAAAGGACUUCACCUCUCAAAAAACUACCUAAGCGGUGUUAUUCCACCAAACAUAGAAAAGUGCAGAAAGCUUCAAAUCUUGUCAUUGUCACUCAAAGAGUUUAUUGGAACUGUUCCAAGAGAGCUGUCCAAUUUAACUGCUCUUACAGGACUAUAUAUUUCGGAUCUGCAUUUGGAAGUUCCUAGCAUUUUCAGAAAACAAGCUUUCAGUUCCAUCUCAAAUUCUUCGAAACUCAGGAGAAUUGAUCUCUCAAUCAACAGUUUCACAGGUCUAAUUCCUGAAUCACUUGGUAACUUAAGAUACCUUGAGCAUCUAAACUUGGCCGGGAAUACUUUUUUCAGCGAUACAACAUUCAGCUCCCUUACACCAUUGACAAACUGUAGGAAUCUAAGAGUACUCUCGUUUGAUGGUAAUCAACUGGAUAGCACUUUUCCUACAUCAGUUGGGAAUUUCUCCAACUCUUCGCAAACUUUUACAGCACCAGAUUGUAAACUAAAGGGCAUCAUUCCAAAAGAAAUUGGUAAUCUUACUGGAGUGAUACAUAUGAGUCUGCAUUAG